CUCCAUCUCCCAAUACCAGGUAGUAAAAAAGGAUAUAAAAAGAUCCCAGAGAGAAAAGAAGAACUAAAUAGCUCAAACCUCAGGAAAAAGAAAAAGGGGUUCCUAAUUACUGUGCAGAGCUUGUAGCCAUGGCAUUCAUAGAGAAAGCUGUGUUUUUCUUGAUGAUGAUGAUGACAGCUUUCCAAGUUUCACAUGCAGCUGUGCACAAGGUUGGGGACUCUGCUGGUUGGACCAUCAUUGGUAAUAUAGAUUACAAGAAGUGGGCUGCUACUAAGAACUUCCAAGUUGGUGACACUAUCAUUUUUGAAUAUAAUGCGAAGUUCCACAACGUGAUGCGAGUGACGCAUGCUAUGUACAAGUCAUGCAAUGCAUCAUCCCCUUUGACGACCAUGAGCACAGGCAAUGACACCAUAAAGAUAACCAACUAUGGUCACCACUUCUUCUUGUGUGGCAUCCCUGGUCACUGCCAAGCAGGACAGAAGGUUGAUAUUAACGUGGUGAAGGUAUCUGCUGCAGCUGCACCGUCACCAACAUCAGCAAUGGCCUCUCCAGUUCCACCUGCCAAUGUACCUGCACCUUCUCCUAACAAUGCAGCCCCAUUCAUUGUUGUAAAGGGAGCUGGUAUUGCUUUAAUGACACUGCUUGCACUUGCUCUUUCUAGCUAUGCUUGAUAGGGAAUUUUCUAUUUUGUACUUGUUAGUUCUUAAGAGUUUGGCGUUUAUGCGGCCAUUUGGAUUUUUUUUUUUUAUGGUGGGACAUGUCAACAUAUUUCUAUAAAGUUUCAUAAUCAGGAUCCUUCGCCUAGAUGAUAGGCAUCCUUGUAAACGUUUUUCAAUGCCAAGAUUUUUUUCCUUUUUCACAGGAUUUUUA